GUCCUGGGUAGACCUUUCUAGGAAAAGGAACGGGCGAUGCGCAACUCGGGUAGAUAACAGUAACAGUAAAGUUGGAAGGGACCUUGGAGGUCAUCUAGUCCAUUUAUGUAUGACUUUUUACUCCCCCGAGUCUGGCUUCCCCGGACAAAACUCGACAACCGAGGCCGGGAGGACGCUCUACCCUCUCCAUCUCUACGGACUGCGCCGCUUCCUCUUCUUUCUGGAGACGCGGCGCGUGCGCGGGGAGAUGACGUCAGCGUCCCCGCGCCGGAAGCUCCCCGGCCAGGAGCUCUGCUGGGAUCCGGUGGCGGCAGGUAAAUGUUUCCAUUUCCUUAUGGAGAGGAAGGAGUUUGAAGCAUGGCUUGAUAACCUGUCUGUCACGUUUCUCUCUCUGGUGGACUUGCAGAAAAAUGAGGCGCUGGACCACCUGAUUGCCUUGAGCGGGGCCGCUCAGCUAAAGCACCUCUCCAACAACCUCGAGGCGCUUCUCAAGCGGGACUUCCUCAAACUGCUCCCGCUGGAGCUGAGUUUCUAUUUGCUAAAAUGGCUCGACCCGCAGACCUUACUCACCUGUUGCCUCGUCUCUAAGCAAUGGAACAAGGUGAUCAGCGCCUGCCUGGAGGUGUGGCAGGGGGCCUGUCGUAACCUCGGCUGGCAGAUUGAUGACUCUCUCCAGGAGGCCCUGCACUGGAAGAAGGUCUACUUGAAGGCCAUCCUGAGGAUGAAGCAGCUGGAGAACCACCAGGCUUUCGAGACCUCCUCGUUGAUUGGACACAGUGCCAGGGUCUACGCACUUUACUAUAAAGACGGACUCCUUUGUACAGGCUCAGAUGACUUGUCGGCCAAGCUGUGGGACGUGAGCACGGGUCAGUGCAUCUACGGCAUCCAGACCCACACCUGUGCGGCGGUCAAGUUCGAUGAGCAGAAGCUGGUCACCGGCUCCUUCGAUAACACCGUCGCCUGCUGGGAAUGGAGCUCGGGAGCCAAGACCCAGCAUUUCCGAGGCCACACCGGGGCAGUUUUCAGUGUGGAUUACAACGACGAACUGGAUAUCCUGGUCAGCGGCUCAGCGGAUUUCACGGUGAAAGUGUGGGCCUUAUCGACCAGCUUCUGCCUCAACACAUUGACCGGACACACGGAGUGGGUCACAAAGGUGGUCUUACAAGAGAGCAAAGUCAAAUCCCUCAUGCAUAGUCCUGGUGAUUACAUUCUUUUAAGCGCGGAUAAAUAUGAAAUCAAGAUCUGGCCAAUCGGAAGAGAGAUCAACUGCAAAUGUCUGAAAACCUUGACGGUUUCCGAAGACCGAAGUAUCUCUUUGCAGCCUCGGCUCCACUUCGACGGGAAAUACAUUGUGUGCAGCUCGGCAAUCGGGCUCUACCAGUGGGACUUCGCCAGCUACGAUAUCCUCAGGGUUAUCAAACCACCUGAAUUUGCAAACUUGUCCUUGUUGGGCUUCGGUGACAUUUUCGCCCUCCUGUUUGAUAAUCACUACCUGUACAUCAUGGACCUGAGGACAGAAAAAACAAUCAGCCGUUGGCCGCUGCCGGAAUAUCGGAAGUCGAAGCGGGGUUCGAGCUUCUUGGCGGGAGAGAUGGCUUGGCUGGAUGGCUUGGACGGUGAGAACGACAUGGGCUUGGUGUUCGCCACCAGCAUGCCUGACCACAGCAUUCACCUGGUCUUGUGGAAGGAACAUGGCUGAACUUGGCCAAAGACUCUGGAAGGUGGAUUUAUAUAUAUAUAUAUAUAUAUAUAAUAAAUAAAUAUAUAUAUAUAUAUAAAUAAUAAUUUAAAAAAAGAGAGAGAACGGAGACUGCCAGCAACGAAUCCAAGGGACGAUGCUUUGCAUGAACCAAAGUUAACAAGAGGUUUCAUCCUGCAACGCACAAUCGGUUUUUGUUUUUUUUUACCAUUUUUCUUUUCCAAUGCCAUUUUGGAAAGUAGCGGGAUGGGGAAGACGAACCCUCCCCGUACAGAAGUCUGUUGAAUUUCUUUCUUUUUUCUCAGAAUGAAGGUAUCCCAGCAUCUUAAUUGUUUCCACCAUUAUCUCUCUCUCUCUCACACACACACACACACAUAUAUAUAUAUAUAUAUAUUCGUGUUCAAAUAUAUCCAUUUGAGCAUA